AUGGAGAAUCGCUCACCUACUUUGGACAUGUCACCAUUACCAUUCCUACAUCUUGCCAAUGUCCUCAAACAAUUACCUCGGACAGGAUGGCUGAGAACGAUUGAGCACCCCGAAAGCGUUGCCGCACAUAUGUACCGCAUGGCCCUCAUGGCUUUGUGUGCACCGUCUGGACUAGAUAAAGAAAAAUGCGUACUCCUGGCCUUGGCUCAUGACAUGGCGGAGUCGGUCGUUGGCGACAUUACGCCGCACGACAAUGUCAGCAAAGAGGACAAGUUCAAAUUGGAAGAUUUUGGUUUUCGAUACAUCAAGAGUUUGCUGGAUCCUUUUGACCCUACCCUCGGCGAGAAAUUGCGGACUGCGUGGUUAGAAUAUGAAGAAGGAAUGACCAGAGAAGCUCAGUAUAUGUAUGACGUCGAUAAACUCGAAUGCAUGAUACAAGCAUUUGAGUAUGAGCAGAUGACGCUUGGGGAGAAGAACCUUGAAGAGUUCCAGGGUUUGGCACCAAAAAUCAGGCUUCCGGAAACCCGGCAGUGGCUGAAGUUGCUCGGGCAGGAAAGACAGGCUUAUCUUCUCAACAGGCUCAAUCGAAUUCGCGUCGUCUUCGUUAUUGGCGGGCCAUUCGCUGGCAAAAAGACCCACUGUACACUGCUUUCCAACCAAUUUGGAGUUCGGCACCUUUCGAUGACUGAUAUCUUUUACAACAUGUCAAUUGAUCAGACCUACCCCCACGCCGAGUUCUUGAGAGAUUGCCUUGAACACAAUAUGACUGUUCCGACCGAUCUAGCAAUCAAGGUCCUAGAGAAAACAAUCGCGGAGAGUACAGACGAGAAAGGCUGGGUGCUUUUGCGCGGCUUCCCGGAAAACGUGCGACAACUUGUCGAAUUUGAAGAGAAACUUCAAAAAUCAAACUAUACACUGCUAUUGCGCUGCUCGACAGAAAGGGCACUCCAACGUUCAAAAAACCAUGGUAGCGUCGAUGAUAAGGACAUUGAUCUAAGAAUUCAAGAGUUCGAAAAACGGAGAGCAGCGAUGGAGCCUCGACUGUCAACGACCUCUGGGUUCUUCAGGAGCGUCGAUUGCAACGGAUCUGAAGAAGAAGUCUAUAAGGAAGUAAGGAAUGCGUUUGAGGGGUUUAUUUGGCAUGAUGAACACAGCGUCAGUCAUCAUUCUGGCUGA